GAUUGUGUGCUUCAUCCCCCAUAUGAGAUUAUUGUACUAAGAAAGAUGUUAACUGUAUCACUAAUAUGGGGUCUAGUGGUCACCCUGUGCUGUUUCUUCUGGCUUGUUGUUAGCAUACGUAGAAGGCAGCCAGGAGAACCACAACUUGAAAAUGGGCUAAUGCCUUAUUUUGGAUGUGCAUUACAGUUUGGUGCCAAUCCACUUGAAUUUCUCAGGUCAAGAGAAAAGAAAUAUGGCAAGAUUUUCACCUGUAAAAUUGCUGGGAAUUUUGUUCACUUUGUCACAGACCCAUUCUCAUUCAGCUCAGUGAUGCGUUAUGGAAAGCAUUUCGACUGGCAGAAAUUUCACUUUGCAACUUCAGCAAAGGUAUUUGGCCAUCACAAUCUGGAUCCAGCGGAUGAGAGAGCUGAAAAUGUGCAUGAAACCUUUAUGAAAACCAUGCAAGGUGAUGCCCUGGACCCUCUUCUCACAACCAUGAUGGAAAAUCUUCAGCACACCAUGUUGCAACCCAGUGCAUUUAAACUAUCCAGCAAAGAUUGGGCAACCGAAGGACUGUAUGCCUUCUGCUACCGUGUCAUGUUUGAGUCCGGUUACCUAACUCUUUUUGGCAAAGAGCUUAAUUCAAAAGAAGAUACAAAUGCUGCAAGACAAGAAGCACAGAGAGCACUCAUCCUAAAUGCCAUAGAAAACUUCAAAGAGUUUGACAAAAUAUUUCCUGCCCUUGUAGCAGGUCUGCCAAUCCACGUCUUCAAAUCUGCCUACAGUGCAAGAGAGAACCUAGCCAAAGACCUGCUACAUGAGAAAUUAAGAAAGAGGAUCAACGUCUCUGACAUUGUAGAACUCAGAAUGUUGUUGACAGACUCAGUUUCAACCUUAAGUGAUACAGAUAAAGCAAGGACUCACCUUGCGCUCCUCUGGGCUUCCUUAGCCAACACCUUACCUGCCACAUUCUGGAGUGUAUUCAACAUACUCAGGUGUUCAAAUGCAAUGAAGGCAGCUAGUGCGGAAAUCCAUCAGGUUUUAGAGAAGACUUCUCAGAAAGUCAGUUUUGAUGGAAAAUACAUUUUUCUUAACCGUCAUCAGUUAGAUGAUAUGCCUAUUUUGGACAGCAUAAUUAAAGAGUCUAUGAGAUUAUCCAGUGCAUCCCUCAAUGUCAGAGUUGCCAAGGAGAACUUUACUCUUCAAUUGGACAACGAUGAGCCAUACAAUAUCCGAAAAGAUGAUAUUGUAGCAUUUUACCCACAGAUGGUACAUUUGGAUCCUGAAGUUUAUGAAGACCCGAUGACUUUUAAGCAUGACCGCUACUUAGAUGAAAAUUUGAAAGAGAAGACCAACUUCUACCUAAAAGGCCGGAAAUUAAAAUAUUACUAUUUGCCCUUUGGAUCUGGCAAAACCAAGUGCCCGGGUCGACACUUUGCUGUCCAUGAGAUCAAACAGUUACUGACUUUGCUGAUUUCUUACUUUGAUCUGGAACUUGUAGAUAAAAACACAAAGUGCCCCCCUUUAGAUCAGUCCCGGGCAGGUUUAGGGAUCUUGCAGCCAAAACAUGAAGUUGACUUCCGGUACAGGUUAAAAUCACAUUGAAUUUUUUUGCUGCCCCUGACAAAUAUUCCAAUGAACCUCAAGCAGUUUUGAGCCUCCUCCUCUAUUUCUACCAUUUCUGCAGCAUGAAUGGGUUAAUUUCUGGCUGCAUAGUGACAUGGGAGUGCACAAUUUCUGCCAUUACCACCCCAAAUAUUUUUAUAUUUGGGGUGCCAAAUUAUGAUACACAAAGACUUUAAAGGUGUGGCCCUUGUACAAGGCAUUAAUAGCUUACGUCCAUAAGACAUACAAAUCGGCAUUGGUACUAUUCCGUAGUAACCCUUUGGGAGGAAAUAUCAGAACUUUACGUUCACAAUGGAGUCCCUUGACUUACUUAAGGCAGCCACGUAAGAACAAAAUAUAUAGGGACUGCCAGUUCGGAUACAUUUGAAUAACAAAGCUGGCUGCCACAGUACUUCUGAUUAGUGUCCUCUGUACAUUUCCACCACUGCCAGAAUGUUUCGUUAUAAUAAAUGAUAAAAUAAGAAUUACAAUAUUGUUUACAGAAUAAGCUAAAAAACCCUUGUUAAGCCUUGAAAACCAUGUCCUCCCAGGCAUAACAAAGAAAAUAAUUCUAUAGAAACUUUAGCUGUUGAAACUAAACUAAAAUCCAU